GUUUCAUGAAUGGAGGCUGAUUCACUAUAAAACCAUCGACAACAUCAGUGAGAAUCAUCAGUUGAAUUUGCUCGGUUGGUGCAGUGAGACAUCAUCUCUUGGAUUAAACUUAUUUAUAUUUCUUUUUAUUCGUGAUUUGCGUCAUAAUUGUUGAGUAUUAAACAACAUGAGAAGUUUUUUGAUAUUGUCAGUGAUGGUUGCUGGUGCCUUUUGCGCACGUUUGGAUAACACUUAUAUUCCACCUGCAAACGCACAUUCAGCUGGUGGAUAUAACUUAGAAGCACCAAAACAAGCUCUUGCUUCAAGUGCCCAGAAUGUUUAUGCAUCUCCAACUGGAGUUCGCACACAAUAUCAAGGACAGCAAGGAUUAAACCAUGGAACAUUCACAUCCGUUUCAAGCGGUAAAGGAUUCCAAUCAGUCUCUGCUGGAUCUUACAGUGGAAAUGCAGCUCAACCACGUCCAUUCCAACAACAACAACAAACAUACAAACAACAAUCUUAUCAACAACCAGCCCAACAACAAUACAACUAUCAACAAUCCCAAAGUGGAUACAAUCAGGCUAGCACAACACCAAUCCCAAUUUUGAAAUUCGUGAACGAACCUCAUCAAGGUGAUGGCAAAUAUCGUUUCGAAUAUUUGACUGGAAAUGGAAUCAUGGCUCAAGAAGAAGGAUACUUGAACAACCCACAAGCUCAAUACCCCGACUACCCUGAACAAGUCGCUGUUGGAAGCUACAGUUACACUGCACCAGACGGACAACAAAUCGCUCUCUCAUACAAAGCUGAUGCCAAUGGUUUCCAACCAGAAGGUGCCCAUUUACCAACACCACCAAGUCUUCCAGCAGAAUACUACGAACAAGUUGAACUCCAAAAGAAAGUUGCCGCUGAAAUCGAAGCCGAAGGCCAACGUAUCCUUCAACUUCAAGCUGAGCUCUCCCGUAACCAACCACAACAGAAUCAAUAUCAACAACAAGGUCAACGAGGACAGUACUCGCAUCAACAACAAUCUCAUAAUAACUACAACGCACAAGCUUCAAGCAAUGUCUAUCAACAACAACAAUCCCAUCAAGGUUACAGUCACAAUGCCCAACCUAUUGGCGCUGGAAAACCCCAACAACAAUAUCUUCCACCACAACACCAAGGCUAGAAAUGAGCAUGAAAUUAGGCAAAUUUUCUCAUUCGAUAAAAAGAAGAAAAAUCAUAGUUCCACCCUCUCAUGACUCGUGAAUAUAUUUCCAUAAAACAUUGUCAAUUUUUCACCGACAGAAAAAAAUCAUAAAAAAACGAAAAGAAUGAAAAUAAAAAUGCGAAAAUUGUAAAUUAUGUAAAAAAGAAAAGAAAGUUAUUCGUGAAUGAAAUUGGUCCUAAAGCAAUUGAAAUUCU